AUGGUGGACGACAACGCCAAGUCUGACUCUAGUGGCUCCAAGGAUGAUCAAGAAACCAAGGCCCUCGUGAUCGAGAUCCUGCAGAAGUUUGAGCGCCUUGAGGCCUUGGAGGAGCGUUUGGGUCGCAUCGAGACCGGCCAAAAGCAGAUGAUUCUCCACACGCAAGCACCCGAGAUCCUCCAACAACGCAAAGACGGACCGAUGGGGAACACCCGCUUCCACAAGUUGGAUUUUCCAUCGUUCGACGACACGACAGAUCCUCUGCCCUUCCUCAACAGAUGUGAGCACUACUUCCGUGGACAGCGCACCAUGGAUGAGGAGCAUGUAUGGCUCGCUGCCUUGCACCUUCACGGCACCGCGCAACAGUGGGCGCUGAAUGACCGCACCAUCAAAGAUAAGUUCCCUAUUCCUAUAGUCGAGGAGCUGCUGGAUGAGCUGCAUGGUGCACGCUUCUUCUCCAAGUUGGACCUUUGCUCGGGGUAUCACCAAGGCUGGACUAUUCUGUUGCCCAUAACAGAAUAUUAUUCUGUUACCCCUGGCCACUAUAUACAGCGCCCUCCAUCAGAAACGAGAAAACCAACCCAAAAAGAAAAACUCUUAUCCACUCCCACCCUGCAGCCUCCCGAUUCUUCUCCACCUUCCACCGUCGGGCGUCGUCCCCCGCAACUCCGGCGGCCUCCUUCCCCUGCUCAGGCUGCCUCCCUCCCCAGCUCCGGCCGCCUCCCUUCCCAGUGUCGGCCUCCUCCCUCCCCAGCGCCGGCCUCCUCCCCAGCGUGUCGCCGGCCGACCUCCCUCCCAGCGUGCCGCCAGCCGGCCUCUUCCCAGCGCGCCUCCGGCCGACCUUGCCUCAAGCGCGCCGCCACGACGGCCCUCGCCGCCACCACCACCUCCCACCGCAACCACCACCACCACCUCCCACCGCAACCACCACCACCUUCUCAUCCUCGUGAGCCCACGCCCGUCACUCCCCACGAACCCCGCCGCCUCCAUCCCUCCUACACCGGCGCCGCCCUUACCUCGCGACGACAGCCGCCCUCCCUCGCGCCGGCAGCCGCCCUCCCUCGCGCGCCGGCCUCCUCCACCUUCACGCUCAGGACGCCUUCCUUCCUGCGCUCCGGUCGCCUUCCUCCUCGCGCGCCGGCCUCCUCCCUACCCCGCGCUCUGUCUGCCUUUCUUCCCGUGCUCCGACCGUCUUCCUCCCCGCGCUCUGGCCGCCUUCCUCCCCGCGCUCCGGCCUCCUUCCUCCCUGCAAUCAGUUCGCCUCCCUCCCCACGCUCCGUCCACCUUCCUCCCCGAGAUCCAUCCGCCUUCUCCCCUGAGAUCCCACGGCCGUACCGCCACCGGCCAACCCCUCCAUCUGUAAGUAAGGGCACUGGGCCGCCCUCCACGCCGGGGUGGCCCUGCUAGCCAUCAGCGGGGGAAGCGAAGUGGCUGCCAUGGCGGGGGUGGAGACGAGUUCGUCCUGGGCGUGCGCAUCCUCGGGAAGUCCAUCUGCAAUAUGGGCACCUCGCAGUGACCUCAUAGUGCUCGUCCUAGACUACUCUCCGAAGCCAUCGAGGUAUGCGUGCACAUCUGCACAUCUGCACAUCUGCACAUCGAGGUAUUGCUAGGAGAUGGGUGCAAGAAAGAACCAAUUUAUUUUGCAUUCAAUCGCCAUUGGAGUUGGUCUUGUGCACCACAAAAUUAACUUUCUGAAGCUACCUCUAUGGUUAAUAAAAGCACAUGAGCAUCCUUCUACGUAGUAAGUUCAUAGUCAAGAAGACAGGGAGUUCAGAAAAGAACGUGAACACUGAAAGACCAUAAAAAACCAAAAACCUACAUUAGGGGAGUUCUUCAAGAAGUUCGUGGCUAGCCGGCCGUGUUGUGUGUUCUUGUCAGUUCAUUGUAAGAAGACAAGUAAUUAGUUUAUAUAUCUAGCCUGGCGUGUUGUGUAUUCUGGUCAGUUCGUGUUUGUGUAUGUGUUUCCCUUGUGGCGUAUGAGAGGAAGCCGCUGAUCUGGUCCAGGCAUGCUCCUAUUCUCUCUUUUCGGUAGCACAAACAUUUAAAAGUUUGAUCGCUAGACCCCGGUAAGUUCUGCUUGACAAAACCUCCUCUCUCAUAUUUGUUCCUAUUUUGUAGGUUGCAGCAAAAAAAAGAUGCACAAGUUCAUAUUUUGUAUGCUUUUCGGUUCAUCUACUUCCCUGUGAUGAGUCCGAUUUCCUUUGUGUUUCAUCUUCUUCAUAUAGCACAAACAAGUGCUUGUGGUUAUGCUUGUAGUUAUGCGUAGUCCAUGGGUUCUAGUAUUUGAUUACAGUCAGGCCACGAGUUAGUAUUGUGGUACUCCGUUGCAAGAAAAAAGGGUUGUCGGUUCAGUUAUAGGCACCCAACUCUGAAGAUUUUGAAUUUUUAGCAUGGUAUUUUAAGUUUGUUUUUUAUCAUAUAAUGUAAAAUUGUAAACAUGUUUCCAACGGUCUUUGCUCCCAGUUCUGAACUUUUUAUUCAGUCUGCUAGUACAGUCGUCGUGGUCGCCACCCCGACGCCUAGCCUGCCAACCCGCGUCGCGUUGCCCCGGGACCCCCGAGCACUGCCGCGCCCCGUCGCCGGUGCCUCACGGUGAGGGCCAGCGUCUUUGCCCGACAAAGCAGGCUACCAUCCCUCCAUUGACAAUGCGCAUGUCCAGCCGUUGCUGCAUCUCUUUCUGCCCGUGGAUGCUCGUGUGCUAUAAUUGCUUUCUCCCCUUCCUGUACAUGCUGCUACUCACCUUUUUAUCUCUCUGAUGCGUUGUGUUGCACUACUGCAGCUCGAUCUAGGAGGUGCUGGCUCAUGCUGGCUGGAACUAGGAUGCAACAGGGUUGAUGGAUCCAUGCCGCACAAGCACCUGUGCUCUGCUUUCUUCUUACUUUGUGUUCUAAUUUGCUUUCUUCUUAUUUUAAGUUUGCGAGAUGCAAAAAGAAGUUAAAAAAAUGUUGUGCCUGGAGUGAAUAUUAUUUGCUACCCCAUGAUGUACGUCUAUAGUUUCUCCCUCCAAAUGUGUUGGUCCAUGUGGUUGUAUUUUCUGUUUUUUUGUUUUGGAUCUACGAAAAAGGUUAUUGAAGCUCAAAUGUGAUAAGCACAUAAGUUCAGAUCUCUAAUGCUACAAAGUUCACGUAUACCUCUCUGUUUUAAUCAUGGCCUACAAAUUUUGCACUACGAGAAAGUUCAGAGGCAAGAACGUAGAAAAUAAAGAACACAAAAAUAUCAACAAAAAAUUCACUAGGAGAAAAGUUUAAGUCAGGAUAUGCAAGAAAAGCUCUUAUUUUAUUUCAGUUCAAUUUCAAAUUCUAGUUAAGUUUCAUUUCUUAUUUUAAUUUAGUCUAGUUUCUUAUUUUAGUUUAGUUCAAUAUCUAAUUUUUGUUCAGUUCAAUUCUUAUUUUAGAAAGAAAUUGAAUUGUUUCUUUGUCUACAUUCUUCUAUUCAACAUCAGGGAGAAGGUGCCUCAUGGUAAAAGCGUGCCAAGAUUUUCUAG